CUCCUCGUCAAAGUAUUUGCUCAACUACCAUUACCUUAUUGACCAAAAAGGAAGAAACAGAGUGAAUUCUUUUUCUUAUCUGUUUUCCUCUUCUCUUCCAAAUUGUAUCAUGUCUAUUUGAAUAUGCUGCUCUUGGUAUAUAAAUAUUUAUAAUAUGGAAGGUAUUGUAGUAAGAAGGGUUAUUCCCUCAGACAAUAGUUGCCUCUUCAAUGCGGUUAGGUAUGCCAUGGACCAUGAAAAGAAAAAAGCUCCUGAGUUGAGACAGGUUAUAGCAGCAACAGUAGCAAGUGAUCCAACUAAGUAUUCUGAAGCAUUUCUCAGUAAACCAAAUGAAGAGUAUUGUGCUUGGAUUCUUGACUCUAAGAAGUGGGGAGGAAAUAGUUUGUGUAGCCACUUGUCUAUAAGAUUGACUGUUCAAGAAAUAGCAUUAGUAGAGAAGAAGUGUUUCGAAAGGGCUCUGCUGAUCUAUGAUGGGCUUCAUUACAAUGCUUUAGCUAUGUCACCCUUUGAGGGAGCUCCAGAGGAGUUUGAUCAGACUAUAUUUGCAGUUAAGGACAAUUCCAUUGGGCCGGUUGAGGGGCUCGCUCUUAAUCUUGUGAAAGAGCAACAAAGCUCAGGUAUACCAAAAGUAUGCCUUAAUACCAUGAUGCUGCUUCUCAGUAAAAGGAGACACACUGACACUGCCAACUUCACUUUGCGCCGUGGGGUGUGCCAACUUGGACUAGUCAGCCAGAAGGAGGCUGUGGAGCAUGCACGAGCGACAGGGCAUGUCCACUUUCAAGAAUACAGAUAACAGAAAUAUAGUCCCAAUUUCAUUGCAGUGUAAUACCUUUGUAUUCACUUAUUGUUUCAUGGUCUGUCAAAUAAGUAUAAGUAACAUUGGAUUAUUGAAAGGCCAACGUUGUGAUUCUAUGUAGUCUGGGAAAUGUUGUACUGUACCAACAAAAAACAAAAAGAACAAACAUAGAAAAGUACUGUUGUAGCAGGUUUCCCAUCAUUUUAUGGGUCUAAUGGAAUCUGGUGAAUCGAUCACCUUUACCUUC